CAAAGAAUAAAAUGUUGUCUUCCUCGACCGCUCUUGUGUUCGUUCACCGCAACCUCACACAGCGAUGGCGAAACAGAUCAAGCAAUGGGUGACCGCUCAAGAUGGACUCGACAAUCUACGCUUGACCACAGGCUCAAUGCCGGAGCCGAAAGAUGGCGAGGUCCUGGUCAAGAUUAACACUGUCUCUUUGAACUAUAGAGACACUGAAGUCAUCAUGGGUCUGUACAAUCAUCACAAAUCGGUUGGACAAGCCCAAGACCUCGUGCCAUGCUCCGAUAUUUGCGGAACGAUCGUAUCUGCCGGUUCAUCGUCGUGGGAGCAGGGCCAGCGAGUAAUGGCAAUAUUCAACCAGACUCAUACCCAUGGCCAAGUCAAGGAAAAGGACAUGGCAUCCGGUCUGGGUUUGCCUCUGCCCGGUUGCCUCACGGAAUAUCGAGCCUUCCCGGCUGAGUCUUUGGUUGCAGUACCGGACUACCUGUCAGAUGAGGAGGCGGCGUGUCUACCAAUUGCUGGCGUUACCGCAUGGAUGGCAUUGAACGGCAUGCGACCUCUUGGACAGCCCAUUACCAGUGGCGGUGAAACUGUUCUAUUGCAAGGCACUGGUGGCGUUGCUAUCUCUGGCCUGCAGAUUGCCCACGCAGCUGGUCUGAAGACAAUCAUCACGUCUUCAUCCGACAAGAAAUUGGAAAGGGCGCAAAGAGAGCUCGGCGCAAGUCAUGGCGUCAACUAUAAGACAAACCCGGAGUGGCAGGAGGAAGUCAUGCGUCUCACCGAUGGCGAAGGCGCCGACAUCAUUUUCGAGAAUGGAGGCGCUCAGACACUGCGGAAGAGCUUUGAUUGCGUCUCCUUUGGAGGUCUGAUUAACGCCAUUGGCUAUCUGUCCGGAAAGGAAGAUGCGCCUUCAGACAGGAUCAACAUGAAUGUCCUAGCUCUGAGACGUAAUGUCACAGUCAAGGGGAUUUUGAAUGGACCGCGUGAGCAAUUCGAGGAGCUCACAAAGUUCUAUGCCAAACAGCAGAUACGUCCCGUCGUCGAUAAGGUCUUCACAUUUGAAGAGGCGAAGGAGGCACUGAAGUAUCUGUUCUCGGGUGGACACUUUGGCAAGGUCGUUGUCAAGGUUUCGUAG